CCUGGCUGGCAGUCCGCCCCCAAAUCCAAAUGCUCGCCUACAUCUCCCGAUCCAUCGCACGCCGCAGCCCGCGCCUUCCGCUUGCCUCCGCCGCCGCAGUAGCAGCCAUGUCGUCGUCCGGCACCGCCGCGAACGACUCCAGCCUUCCCAUCUCUCCGGACACCACCCGCGUCGCCUGGGUGGGGACGGGCGUCAUGGGCCAGUCCAUGGCCGGCCACCUCCUCGCCGCCGGCUACGCGCUCACCGUCUACAACCGCACGCCCUCUAAGGCCCAUGGCCUCGUAGCGAGCGGUGCCAGACUCGCGGACAGCCCGCGCGCCGCCGCGGCCGCCGCUGACGUCAUCUUCCUCAUGGUCGGCUUCCCCUCCGACGUCCGCUCCACUACCCUCGACUCCUCCACCGGCGCCCUCGCCGGCCUCGCCCCAGGCGGCGUCCUCGUCGACAUGACCACCUCCGACCCCACCCUCGCCGCCGAGAUAGCAGCUGCCGCAGCGGGCAACGGCUGCGCCGCGAUCGACGCCCCCGUAUCAGGCGGCGACCGCGGGGCCCGCAACGCCUGCCUCUCGAUCUUCGCCGGCGGAGACGCGGCCGUCGUCGGCCGCCUGGCGCCACUCUUCAAGCUGAUGGGCAACGCCGUGUACAUGGGCGGUCCUGGCGCGGGGCAGCGCGCGAAGCUGGGCAACCAGAUCGCCAUCGCGUCCACCAUGGUGGGGCUCGUGGAGGGCAUGGUGUUCGCGCACAAGGCCGGGCUGGACGUGGCCCGGUGGAUGGAGGCAAUCUCCACCGGCGCCGCGGGGUCCAAGUCGCUGGAGCUGUACGGGAAGCGGAUGCUGGAGCGCGACAUGGAGGCCGGGUUCUACGUCCGGCACUUCGUCAAGGACCUCGGCAUCUGCCUGUCGGAAUGCCAGACCAUGGGGCUGGCGCUGCCGGGACUCGCACUUGCGCAGCAGCUAUAUGUGUCGCUGCUUGCGCACGGCGAGGGCGGGCUCGGCACGCAGGCGCUCAUACUGGCCGUCGAGCGGCUCAACAACACUAGCCUUGAGAAGAAAGGAGAGUGAGCUUCCCGGAGCCGUUUGUUUCUGAGAGUUGGGUUGAUGUGCAAUUUGAGAAUGUUGGUGCUGUUUCAGUUGAUCACUCGUGUAGUAUUUGGAAUUGCAGGCUCUGUCUGUUACUCUUCACAGUGGUUAAAGGUUCAUCAAAUAAGAUUGCGAAAGUGGAGUGCUAAAACUUCACUACUUGCAUUCAGCCCGUAAUGGCAAUCAACCAUGGCAAUGAAAACAGCAUAUUCAGGCUUAUGCAUUUGAA